AUGUUUUUGGCGGCACCGUUCCUGGUUCUUGCGACACUCUUGGGCCUCAACUACGGCAGCGUGCUUGCCUACGACCCCGAAUACGCUCUAGACCAGACAGAGCUCUCAGGAGAAUUCUCGGUUCGGGUUCUGAAGCCCGGAAUCGAUGGCAGUCGCAGCGUUGCGUCAGGCGACCGCGUGAAGGCUCUGCUACGAACUUUUUCGCCGUCGGUCCCAAAGCACAUCACGGGAUUCGCGGAACAGAUUUUCGAGGUCGGGAAACACCCGGUGGUGCCGCUCAACAACGCUAUCGCGAAUAUGCGCCUCGACGAGAUUAGGCGAGUAGGCAUCCCGUUCGGCGAGUAUGGCAAAAUCUUCUACGAAGUGCACGUGGUGUCGAUCGCUUAG